CUGGUAAAUACAAUGUUGUAAAUAUUGGUAAAAUGAAAAAUUUCAAGAUAUCCAGUAUGAAUAUUCUUCAUAUUGUUGGAGUUUUGGUACUAAUCUUUGUCACUGUUAAUUCUCAAAGAGCAACAAGAUGGUGUACAGUUAAUGAAAUGGAACAGUAUAAAUGUCUUGCUUUAAAGAGAAAUUUAACAUCUAAAAUAGAGAUACUACCACCUGAGAUAACCAUUGAUAUACCUGAUAAGUUUGAAUGUAUACAAGGUGUAGAUGUAUUUCACUGUAUGCAACUGAUCGACCAAGAUGAAGCUGAUCUGAUGACCUUGGAUCCAGGUCAAGGUUAUUUUGCUGGAAGAAAUCACAAUAUGAUGCCAUUAAUGGCUGAGAAUUAUAUUGAUGCUCCUAUUGAAAAACCUUCAUAUUAUUCUGUAGCUGUUUAUAAAAAGGGAACUGAUGUUUCUAUGGCAACAUUGAGACAAAAAAGAAUUUGUUUUACUGGUAUUGGUAUGAGUGCUGGAUGGUUAUAUCCUAUAUCUAGACUACUCCAUGAUAAUGUUAUACCAGUUACUGAAUGUAAUGCAGUCGUCAAGUCUGUUACCAGUUUCUUUGGUGAGAUGUGUCUACCUGGUGCUUUGACUUCCUUUUAUAAUCCUUUUGGAAAUAACCCGACAUCAGUAUGUCAUCUAUGUAGUGGAAUGGCUGAAGAAAGAUGUACUACCAGUGAUCCUACUGCUGGGUUUGAAGGAGCGUUUAAAUGUGUAGCUGAAGGUCGUGGUGAUCUGACGUUUGUUAGACACGAUACUGUAGCUCAGAUGACUGCUCUAUCUAUCACUUAUUCUCCUGAUGAUUUUAUGUUGUUGUGUCCCGAUGGAAACCAGAGAACAAUAGAUGAAUAUGAGGAUUGUAAUUGGGGUGAAAUACCAUCCCAUAUUAUCAUGACCUCAGCUUUAAGAACACAAGCAGUUAUCCAAGAAUAUAAGAAAUUCCUCAAAGCAAUCAGUGACUGGUACAGCCCUACUGGACAGUAUUUUCAAGAAUUCAACCUGUUUAACUCUGAUAGAGACUACAGUGAGACUGGAUUGAUCGAUAAGAGGAAGAAUUUAUUGUUUUCUGAUGGAACAAGAAAAUUGAUGGAUAUUGGUGAUGUAGAUUAUUAUGAUUGGGUUGAAUUCAAUUAUACCAGGCCUGCCAGGAAGUUUUGUGCGUCGGAUGAUGGAGAUUCUGUCAAUCCUAUCAUGCAGUCUGAGAAAGGCAUUUUCAUAGAGAGCUCAAGAUAUAUUUUUUGGCAAUUUCUGAAUUAUCAAAUUUGGUGUAGUAAAGUUUAUAGAGUAUUGGAUAGAUUUGUUGGAAACUUCAUUGAUAUAUUAUAUGAUUUAACAAGAUGUCCGAUAGCCAAGGCUAGAUGGUGCGUUAUCUCUCAACCAGAGAAAGAGAAAUGUGAAUCUAUGAUUAUGGCCUUCAAAGCUAAAGAUUUACGACCAGAGUUGGAUUGUCUACUGGGAGGAAACACCACUAACUGUAUGGAUAUGAUCAGUAAAGGAGAUGCUGAUUUGAUGAAUUUAGAUGCUGGUGAUGUCUACCUUGGCGGAAAGAAAUAUGAUUUAGUACCAUUUGCUGCUGAAGAUUAUGGAGAUAUGACCAGAUCAUUUAAAGUGGUAGCUGUAGCCAGAAAAACAGAUGCUCAUUUGACUCUCUUUAACAUGAAAAGUAAAAGAGCAUGUCAGACAGGUAUUGGUAGAGGUGAUGGUUGGAUUAUACCAUUAAAUAUCUACAUAGAAACUGAACAGUUUAUUCCAGAAGAUUGUUCUAUCUUUGAAAAUUUAGGUCAAUUGUUUAUUAGAAGCUGUAUACCAGGAGCUCUAGAUAAAGAAUACAACCCUAAACAAACCCCUAUUAAUCUGUGUGAGGGAUGUGGAGCUAAUGGUUAUAGACGGUGCCAGAGAAACAGUCUAGAACAAUACUAUGGUGCUAGUGGAGCAUUCAGAUGUUUAGUGGAACGUGGAGGGGAUGUAUCGUUUGUAAGACAUUUAACAGUGAGAGAUAACACUGACGGUAGAAAUCACGCCCAGUGGUCUCGUAAUCGAAGAUCUGAUGAUUAUGAACUGAUGUGUAAAGAUGGAAGACGUAUUGGUAUUGAUAGAUGGAAGGAAUGUCAUCUUGGUUCUGUUCCUGCUAAUGCCAUUGUUACAGCUAAAUUUAAAACCGAUCAAGAAAGGGAAAUUUAUUGGAAUCUGUUAAAUUAUGGCCAGCAGUUCUUUUCAUCUGACAUUGAUGGAGAUUUUCACAUGUUUGCAUCUGGUACAUCCUAUACAGAUCUUCUAUUUACUGACGCUGCUGUCAGAUUGAUGAAGAUAUACCCUGCUCAACAGAACUAUGAAGAUUGGCUAGGUCCAAACUUCAUAUCUCAAAUAAAAACAGUGGAGAAAUAUACUUGUGUGUACGCAGGAAGUGCAUCAUUAUAUACCUCUACCUUCCUUAUAACUCUCUCUCUUAUAAUGGUCAAAAUACUGUUUUAAUUCCAUUGCUAUGUUCAAUAAUUGUUUUUCUUGAGACUUUUGAUGGUUUAAAAAUAAUCUUAUGAUUUUUGUGAAAUCUUACACUACACACAUGAUUCCAUUUUGUUCAUUCCAUUUUUAAAUUCCAAUAUAUUUGAAAGUCCAUCAAAAAAACAUUAUUAUAUUGUAUAAGACUUACUGCAAAUUUAUAAAGCAGGGAUUCUUCAUAAUUUUAUUCACACAUCACAGGACAUGUGAACUUUCAUCAUAUUGAAUCUUUGAUACAUAAUUCUACUAUACCUUCCACUUUCAAUUUCCCCUGAUUUACCCUGUAAAUUCAAUUUUCAGGAUAAUGACGAUGUAAUUAACCAUGUAAAAUGAAUAUCUAUGUAAUGAUAACUGUUUUUGUACAUUGAACAUUGUAAAUAGACAUUUUUAUAAACAUUUUGUAAUAUAAUAUAAAUUCAUUUCUACUAUAUUUUGCGAUAUCUAUAAUUGUACAGUGCUAGAUUAAUGAAUUAGGAAUAGAACUUUAUUUAUUCUCAAAUUUUUCAGUAUUGAAAAUAAGUAGCAAUUUUGAUUAAAUAUUAACUAAUUUAUAUUCAAAAUUUCAUUUUUUCAAUGAUUUUUGGUACUAAUUUGAUUUAUUUAGCAAAUGUAUCACAAAUUGGCCAACAUAGAAAAUUUAUAUUUGAAGGUUAAAAUCGUUUCUAAUAUUUUAUAUUUUGAGAUUUUUAAAUUAUUACUCCAAUAAGAAAACUUCUGUAUAUGGAUAAUGAGAUAAAACAAUCCUUUGUACAAAAAUCCAUGAGAUAUAUUUUGCAGGACUUAUUAAAGAAUUUAACAUAUCAUCUUUAUAGUUACAGUAAUUUGUAAAAUUCAUGUUAACUUGGACCCAAUAUUAACAUUCCCUCAUGAUCAGAUCAUGAUUUUAAUCAUUUGUUUUUAAUAACAUAUAGUAUAUAAAUCAUUUUUAUCAUAUUUUUAUAUCUCAAUAAUCACUUUAUUCUUUUUAAUAAAAUCUUUU